AUGGCAAAUACAUGGAAGAAGUCUUUGAAGUCAAUUGGAUCAAUGGUUUCUUCUGUGUUUACCCUUAUGUGUGUUCUUCACUCCACAAUAGCUCUUACUUGUGGAGCUUUGAUGAUAUUCUACUCCAAAGAGAUCUCCGUGCUUGGCCAUGGAUCCGAGGCUGCGAGCAAGCUUCAAGGGUCAACACCCCAUGAUCAGCUUUUGAUUGAGACCUCAGAUUCCUUCUCUGGCUUAUUGUUGUUCACAAUUGGGUUCCUGCUGUUGAUGGUUGCCUUUGUCAAGGACAGGGAAUUCCAGAGUUUCUUUGCCAAAGGGUGUGUGAUGCUUCAUAUUUCCAUGGCAGUGUGGAGAUUCUUCUUUGAGAGGAAGCUUGGGGAUCUUGCACAUAACUGGCCUAGGCAUGCUGUUGGGGACAUUGCCUUGGCCAUUUCAUGGGUAUUCUUUCUUGUGUACACAUGGAGAGAGAAAUAUGAUUAG